AUGCUUGAUUCUUUUUCAUCACUGCCUUUGAAUACUACCAUUGACCUAGACGAGAGGCUCUUUCAUCUUGUAACCGACAUUGUUAGCAAGGUUGCAGUGGGUAAGAGCUAUAGAGAAGAGACGUUUAGAGGUAAAAAACUAAAGGAGAUGCUUGAUGAUCUGGUAAUCUCUCUUUGUGGUUCUGUUUCCGAUAUUUAUCCAGGUAAAUUAGGGUUGAUAUUAGAUGAACUACUUGGGUUUAAUCGGAGGCUAGAAAAGACUUUCAGUAAUUUCGACGCCUUUCUUCAAAUGGUUCUUGAUGAGCAUAUUGAUCAUACUGGAACAAGUGACCAUGAAAAAGAUAUGGUUGAUGCAUGCAGAUCUCAGUUGACUACAAACGAAAUGAAAGCCCUUUUGAUGAAUGUGCUUAAUGGAGCAAUUGACACAACUACCACGACAAUGGUGUGGACGAUGUCUGAGAUUAUUAAAAAUCCUAGAGUUAUGCAAAAGCUACAGGAAGAAAUUCGAAGAUGCGUUGGGAGAAAAUCAAGUGUUGAGGAAGCAGAUGUUGCAAAUAUGCCAUACUUAAAGUUGGUGGUGAAGGAGGCGUUAAGAUUGCAUUCGACUGUUCCGUUCUUGCUUACAAGAGAAUGCAUAAAGCAUUGUCAGAUUGGUGGGUACGACAUCUUCCCUGGGACAAGAGUGUUGAUAAAUGCAUGGGGGAUAGGAAGGGAUCCAAAAGUGUGGACAGAGAGUGCAUCCAUUUUCAAUCCUGAGCGCUUAGAAAACCUUGAGUUGGACCGUAGUGAGAUGAUUCCGUUUGGAGGGGGCAGAAGAGCCUGUCCAGCGGCAAGCGUUGCUACUCAGAUUGUAGAAUAUACGAUUGCAAACCUUUUUUACUCCUUUGAUUGGCAACUUCCAAGUGGAAUGAAGAACGAGGAACUUGACAUGGAAGAGGUUGGUUCCCUGAUCGUUGUUAGGAAAACGCCUCUUUCCCUUGUGCCCGUGAAGUAUGAUUGGCAAGACUAAUUGAUAAUCAUUCGGUUUUCCAUGGGAACAAGAUUUGGGGAGUAAUAUACUAAUACAUAUGUAUGCAAUAAUAUGAUUUGAAAGUG